AUGGUUAUUGCAGAAUCCAAUUUCGAAGAUAAUGACGGGCUAUCUGAUAUUUUUGCACUUAGGGAAUCUUGGAUCUCUGCAUACUAUAGAAUGGAGCCUAUGUCUGGUCUUAUGCGAACGACAUCCAGGUCGGAGACUGAGCUUAUUGGAGUUGCGAAUUGCAUAAAUCAACGUUACGAAGAUCAGCCUGAUGGGUUUGUUAAGUUUUAUGUAAAUGACUUCCAACAGCUUUGUACAUCCUUAUUUGAGGUCAAUAAUGGCGUUUUGGUUUUUAUGGCGUUUUCUGUUAUUGGCGUUUUAUCAUAUGCAAUGUGUUCUUUUCUUUUUUUAGACAAACAUUUUAUGCAUGGCAUUAUAGAGAUAUUGUUUUUGGCGUUUUUCAGGGAAUUUCCAAAACAAUGCAUUCUGAAUAGAUGGCGUAAAGAGGCCUCCCCAAACUGCUCUCCUGAAUUCUCAAUUAGUCGUGAAUAUAUGACCGAGCUUGAUCCUGAUGUGCAAAGUAUGAUGCGAGAUGUUAUUUACUCAACCGAAUACACUUUGAACCGUUUAUCUGGUAAUAAAGAGGAGCUAUCCUUAUACAAGGAUCAUGUUCAAUCUUAUAUGAAGAAAGUUCAAGAUAUGCAGAUUGUUGCUCCUUCCGCUAGUUCUAGGGAUAGAUUUGCCGAGAUAACUGGUCAAUAUAAAAAUGACAAGAAUCUGAUAAGAGUCCCUGUAGGUUAUAAAUCCAAAGGUUCUGGUUCUCGGAAGCGCCUGAAAUCUAAACAGGAGAUAGCAAUUGACAAAAAGAAAUCAUAG